UGUGCCUGAGAAUCGUCUCCGGAGGGGCGGCGGUGGGAUUGGUGGAGAACCGGACCGCAAGGCAUCCUUGGAGAACCACCGCGCCUACUCCAUGGACAGGACCGUGGGGGGUGGUGGGGGUGGCGGAAUUGGGCAGGGACCCCAGGGAGGUCCCCCCCUCCUCAAACAGAACCAGAACCACGGACCCCUUCAACCAUCCGGUGGUGGCCCACGAACGGGCCCCCAUCCUGGUGCUCCUCACCCCCACCAAGGACCCCCACCUCCAGCAGGCUGGGAUCCCCCUAAGGGACCCCACCCCAGCCAACUGGACCCCAACUCCCAGGCAGCCAUGAUGCACAAGGCUAGGAGGGAAAAGCCCGGGGACAGCCUGCUGCGGAAGGACUCCCAGAGCUCGGACCAGUCGGAGUCACUGCGGCCGCCCCCACCCAGGCCCUACAAGAGCAAACGGGGCGUCAACAAGAGGCAGAUGUCUAUCAGCAGCUCAGAGGAGGAGGGCGCCUCCACGCCAGAGUACACCAGCUGUGAGGACGUGGACAUGGAGAGCGUCAGUGAAAAAGGUGAUUGGGACUGCCAUCCUCUGGAUCCUGCUGUGUGGCAUCAUCCAGUGACAUGGCAGCCGUCCAAGGAGGGCGACCACUUAAUCGGACGCAUCACUCUGAGCAAAAGGUCGGCCGUGCCCCGCGAGGCAGGCUCCUUACUAGGGUUAAAGGUUGUGGGUGGGAAGAUGACAGAGACAGGGAGACUGGGGGCCUUCAUCACCAAAGUCAAGAAAGGAAGUCUGGCGGACAUUGUUGGCCACCUGCGAGCUGGUGAUGAGGUACUGCAGUGGAACGGGAAGUCGUUGCCGGGAGCAACCAAGAAGGAAGUGUACAACAUCAUUCUGGAAUCCAAGGCGGCGCCUCAAGUGGAAAUAGUUGUCUCAAGGCCUAUUGGAUCUAUCCACCACAUCAUUUCCAAUAACUUCUUGAGAAAGGUGUAUAGAGCGUAUCAAGACAUACCAAGAAUUCCAGAAACAUCACAUCCUCCUUUAGAAUCGACGGGCUCCAGUUCCUUUGAGUCUCAGAAGAUGGAGCGUCCCUCCAUAUCGGUCAUGUCCCCCACCAGCCCUGCUACCCUCAGAGCCCUCCCCGUCAUCCUGCCUGGACAGCUCUCUGUAAAGCUGUGGUAUGACAAAGUGGGCCAUCAACUGAUCGUCAACGUCCUUCAAGCCAUAGACCUGCCCCCCCGACCGGACGGGCGACCCAGGAACCCCUACGUCAAGAUGUACUUCCUCCCUGACCGAAGUGAUAAGAGCAAGCGCAGGACCAAGACGGUAAAGAAGAGCGCUGGGCCCAAGUGGAACCAGACGUUCCUGUACUCCCACGUCCACCGCAGGGACUUCAGAGAACGCAUGCUGGAGAUCACUGUCUGGGACCAACCUAGAAUACAGGAGGAGGAGAGUGACUUCCUGGGAGAGAUCCUUAUAGAGCUGGAGACUGCCCUGCUGGACGACGUCCCUCACUGGUAUAAACUCCAGACCCACGACGUGUCCUCUCUACCUCUGCCCCAGCCAUCCCCUUACCUCCCGCGCAGACACACCUCUCACGACAGCCCCAGCAAGAAACUACAGAGGUCCCAUCGCAUCAUUGACACAGAGUUUGAUGAUACAGGUAUAGCGGUAGUAUCUGAAGGUGCAGAGCGUAACUCGAGGGAGAGGGAGAGGAACAGCACCCUGACUGUCCCAGAGCAGCAGAGACUGGCCCAGCACCGCUCCAGAUCUGUGUCCCCUCACCGCGAGGACAUAACAAGGGCCCGCUCCCGCCCUGCACACGUCCCCAUGCAGAGGAGUCUGGAUGAGAUCCAUCAGAACCGCCACCACUCCUGCUCCCCCUCUCGUUACCAUGACUCCCACGGGGAGCACCGCUCCGGGGACUCGGACUACGAGUACUCCGAGGACAGUGAGGUCCUCGAGAUGCACAGGUCUAUCCGAGGCGGGAGUGCCGAGUGCCUGCACACAAACAGGGGCGUAGCUAGGUCCAGCAAUACACUACCACCCAAAAUGCCCCUGUUAGUCAAUGGUAUACACAAGGACAUAUACAGCAACACCCUCCCUGCAUGCCUAAAGAGCAAGCCUCCCCGGGGGCAUCAGGGAGGGGGCGGUCCCGCCUCCCGUAGCGUCCUCACGCACCGUGUGCUCAGGUUCACUGACGAGGUCACCGUUAGUGAUCUGCAGCCCAGUCUGGACCGGGUGAGGAGUGCCAGCACCACCUGCCUCAGACCUGACACCAACCUCCACUCUCCUGAUAGAGACAGAUGCUCCAACUCUCUGCCCCGCAGACAGCCCGCAGGCCCCAGGAUUUUAGUAGAGCAGGCCUCCCCAGAGGAAGAAAGGCAGUCAGGGAGCCUGGGUAGACCUGACAGUCAGAGAGGUAACAGCAAGAAAGGCCUGGAGGCUGACAGCUUUCUUUCGUUUGUUUGUUCUUUUCUUUCCACGUGGCCUGUUGAUGCCAGUCGUAUCCAGCCCACCUCUAUACUGAGGGGCAGUAGGGGGAGAGGGGGACCGCUGCGCCCCUUUAACCAGACACCCCUGGGGGGAUCUGUCCCUAACUCACCACGACAGGACAGAACACACACCCACAGCCCCUCCCCUCCUACGGGGACUCCCCAGUCAGGUCGCAGGGGCAGACAGCUGCCACAGGUUCCUGCCAGAAGCAGUAGUGUAGAGCAAGCUCUAGCAGUAGAGGAGCGAGCCAGACAGAUGAACAUGAAAGUACAUUCCUACCGGCCUUCAGCAUCCCAUGACCCCGAGACGGACCUCAAGACCAAACGAGAGAUGUAUGCGGAUCAGCGGCGGAGCUCUGACAACGUGUCGGCCCGCUCGUCAGACAGCGACAUGAGUGACGCGUCGGCCCUAUCCCGCGCCAGCAGUGCCUCGCGCCUCAGCAGCACCUCCUACAUGUCCAUCCAAUCAGAACGCCCGCGCGGGCGGCUCAGGUCCAAGUCUUUAGAGGACGAGAAGAAGGAGAGGAGGAUCUCGUGGGGGAUGAAUGGAGAGCAGGAGAGGAUGAGGGCAGCAGGGAAGAGACGGUUCUCUCAAGAGCUGAAGAGGAGGAGACACACUGUGUCUGGGGACCCCAAAGACGCCAGUCGGCAGGUUCGUGCGGCGCCGGGCCGGACCAUGCUGAAGAGCACAAGCGUGAGUGGUGAGAUCUACCCGUCAGAGCGUACCGACGGCAGCCAAUCGGAUACGGCGCUGGGCACGGUGGGCAUGGGUGGCAAGAAGAGACGCUCCAGCCUCAGUGCCAGGGUGGUCUCCAUCGUCUCCAACAGACGUAGUCGCAGCACGUCGCAGAUCGUCGGCCCGGAGGGGAAGGGGAAGAAGGAGAAGGGUGCGUCCAUCCAGAGGAGCACAGAGACGGGCAUGGCUGUAGAGAUGACCAGGAACAUGAGUCGACAGUCCAGUAAAGAGUCCACCAACGGCACCAUGAACAGCUGCAACUCCGAGGGAAAUCUGCUUUUCGGUGGGGUGCGUCUGGGACAGCCAGGCAACCAGUUCAGCGACUUCCUGGAUGGUCUGGGUCCCGCCCAGCUGGUGGGCAGACAAACGCUGGCCACACCUGCCAUAGGUGAUAUUCAGAUCGGAAUGAUGGACAAGAAGGGUCAGCUGGAGGUGGAGGUGAUCAGAGCUCGGGGCCUUGUACAAAAGCCUGGAUCCAAAUCCCUCCCUGCUCCAUACGUCAAGGUCUAUCUGUUGAAUAAUGGAGCGUAUGUAGCCAAAAAGAAAACCAAGAUUGCACGGAAAACGCUGGACCCGCUGUACCAGCAAGCGCUGCAAUUCGAGGAGAGCCCACAGGGUAAAGUCUUACAGGUGAUCGUCUGGGGAGACUACGGACGAAUGGACCACAAAAGCUUCAUGGGAGUUGCACAAAUCCUAUUGGAGGAACUAGACUUAACAAGCACAGUGAUUGGCUGGUACAAGUUGUUCCCACCCUCCUCUUUAGUGGACCCCACACUAGCCUCCCUGACUCGACGUGCUUCCCAGUCGUCACUGGACAGCUCCUCGGGCCCACCGGGCACCCGAUCCUAGUGGACCAAUAGGACUACAGCUACCAAUCUUAAUGGACCAAUGGGACUAUAGCUAGCCUACCGCUUUGUGAAACGAAUUAACGUCACCUUAGAGAUUAACGGACAAAAAUUAUUGUAGAACAACAACAAUCAAGAAACAGAGUCACAAAUGAUUUUAAAAAAAAGCUUUGUUGAGAUCUGACAAUCACUCCUAGCAUCAUUUAAUUUGUUUGUUUGUUUUAGAGAGCGUAAGGUUUCAGUGUUUCAUUCCAGUAACGAAUUCGUCAUCAUUUUUUUUGCGGUUGUAAUCUAAGAACUAGGGCUGUCGAUAAUAAACAAUGUUUGGUAGCUAGGUAAGACUGUACUGGAGUCGAGCGGUAAGGAGACACUCGAUUCAUUGAAGAAACUACGUAGAAAUGUAAAUGUGAAAGGAAGCAGGGUGGUAGUUUUUAGUCAAACCAUCAAUAAACAAAGAAAUGUAUGUUAGCAUCAGAAUGUAUGGACCCAAGACAGAGGUGUCAUCCUCCUUGUCUCUCAGGGGAUGCCAUUAUGUCCUCUCCGCAGUGGCCCCCAUCCGGCCUCCAAACAGACUGCCAGCACUUCGGCCCCCAGGGACGAGUGCUUCUGAGUGGGGUCGGUCCGGGCAAGCAGGGGUCUCCUUCUGGUGCCUAGACUUUGUGGAUUCACAUUACUGGUCCUUCUCUGUCAAAUAUCAUUUUUUGUUGUUUUCAAUAUGUUUACCAUGGCUGGUCCAAGCCGCUCUCUCGUUUUUUGUCUUUGGUACGUUUGACUUUUUUUUCUCUCUUUGUUACUUAUGGCACAACAAUGUUUUUAUGAUGAGUAUGAGGUUUACGAUGCAUUGUCUGAUGUAUGCAUGGAGAAGAGUAAAAAGACACAAGGAAAAAAUACGAAAUAGAGAAAAUUAGAUCAUGUGUCUGCAAUGAGAUGCAGGGGACUGUUCAGUGACACAUCUUAAAUGACGAUUUUUACACUUGACGAUGAGAUUAGUGUGGGAUUGCAAUGUUGUUUUCUUCAUUCAGUCACCUACAAAAAGUCCAACCCAGUUGUCUUUGUAUAGAUGUAUAUUAGACCUCCAUUAUCUUGACCAAUAAAUAGAAUUAUACAUUUCAUUUUGAACUAUCACUAGGGUGUCAACAAGUCACUGUAAAAAAAAGACGUAUCUUUGUCCACAAUCACGAGAACAUUCAUUUAGCUGUUUUCCUGGAGUAUCCUUCCCCUCACCCCAGCACAUGUUUAGGGGUUUUAUCUGAAAUUUCAGUUUACAUUAUUUUGAGAUUCAAAAACGCAAGCACAAAUAAGCUUGAUUUUUUUUACGGCAAAAAGUUACACUUUUUGAGAUUUAAAAAAACAAGUGAAUGAGAUUUUUUACAUUUUAAAUACUGCUUGCAAAUGUAUUUUUUUGGUUCAUUUCGUUUCUUUGUCUCGAUUAUUUGGAAAAACAAAAAACAUCAGUUGCUCAAAUUUCCCUUCUGCAUCUUUGUGAAUGUGAAAAGUAACCAAUCAGAUUGAACUUUCAGGACAGGAACACCAAUGCUCAUCCUUCGUCAGGCCCGCUGACUCCUGCCACACCAAAGGGGGGCGUGGCCAGCAUGACUCGGACCUGUUCCAAGCUGCAUGCACAUUUUGUAAAACAAAAACGAUACUGAUAAAAAAAGAUGAUUGAACUGAACUAGAUAUGUGUUAGUUCCACAUACUGUAGGCCCGCUUGUAUGUUGCAUGCACUUGUACAGUUUGCUCGUACUUAAAUAUAAAGAGAAACCGAAGCCAUUCACAUCACGCGUAGACAUUCAAAAUGAUCAGCUGCAGUCAAGUCUAGUCCACAUCAUUCAUUCCGGUGCUGAAUGUUUCGAAACCAGUUGAUUACCGAGAUUAUGUUGAUGUCUUUUUUAAAGCUAUUGAACACGUGCUGUACUGUCGUACUAAGCAAUCCUCACCGCCCAUUCUUUCAAAUCUACAGUUACUGUACACAUCAUAGUUUACCUCUAUGGGGCUGAGACUACAUGGUUAAAUAUGUAUAAAUCAGAUCAAUUUAUAUACAAAGUAUAGUUAUGUUGAACAUAAUGAUGUAAUAAGAUAUAUGGAUACAUAUGUUAUACAAAUUAUUUAGAGUAUAAUGUAACGAAAGUAAUUUAGAUAUAUUGUAAAUAUUUUUUCAACCAACCAAACGGUUUAGUGAUAUUUACGAAUGGGGCCAAGUCAGAUUACGGGGACAUUGCCAAGUUCCUUAAGACUACGAUUGGACUUAGAAAGUCACAAAGGGACACUACUUUACUUCAAGGCUUCAGGGGAUAGUCCCAAAUCGCCACACUUGAGUGUACUAGGGUAUCAGGCCAUAUUAUCUGCAAAAGCUGUCGUCACUACACCUCUCUCUCUCCAUGCUUUGAAACCUACAACCUAUGACCUAUGACCCCAGCCAUGUAAAACCCCAUUUAUAAAAACGUCAAAUUUUUGGUUUUAUGUUUAGUGAGUUAUUCUUUUUUUUAUUUUGUCAGUAUUAUUAGGAGAGAGAAAAAAAUGCUGAUUGUUUACAAUGUAUGUGUUCCACUGAAACAACAACUAUAAAAGAAAAUGAUCAGAUAAAAAUGUAUUCACUGCAGCGUUUCUUGUUUCGUAUAACAGGUGUGGCUCAAAUGAUGUGUGUGUUUUAUAUUUUAAAAAAAGAGUUCAUUUUUAUUAUUUACAAAUAAAAAAAGAAUGUGUGGAA